AUGGGGUGUGCUCAAGGCAGGCCUGCAUCAGGUUCACCACUUGAUUCGCUGGAGACGUUGAAGAUGGAAAACGGUUAUGUUAAAGGUGGAUAUGUUGCUGCAAGGAGAUCAACUGGACAGAGGCACUAUACUAGUAAUAAUGUUGGUCAGUAUGUUAGGCAAGAUACAAGGUUGGCAGGAGGUAAUACUGCUAGCAAUGGAAGGACAGGUGUUGGAAGCAGAGAAAACCUUGAAAAGACCAAGAUCACGGAAGGAGGUGUGAAAGUUAGUCUGGGUGUCAUUGAUGAUGAAGGUGGCAGACAUGUCCGGAGUGGGAAAUCGAGCAGUGGAAGUAGAGGAACUCAAGAAAAGAAAUCGAUAAAUGAGGAUAGAGAAAACUCAAGUGGAAAUCGUGGUGAUGGAAACAGUGCCCCUCGUAGGACUUCAGCUAAAACUGAUGGCAACGAUGGCGAGCUAGAAAACGGUUGGCCAAAAUGGCUGACCGAUAAUAUUCCUAGAGAAGCAUUGGCAGGUCUAACUCCAAGAAGUGCAGAAACCUAUGACAAGAUUGACAAGGUAGGGCAAGGGACAUAUAGCAAUGUGUAUAAAGCUCGAGACAAGUAUACAGGCAAGAUUGUUGCCUUAAAGAAAGUGCGGUUUGACACAUCUGAGCCUGAGAGUGUGAAGUUUAUGGCUCGGGAGAUCAGGAUACUUAGAAGACUGGAUCAUCCAAAUGUUUUGAAGCUAGAAGGUUUAGCAACUUCAAGGAUGCAGUACAGCCUUUACCUAGUAUUUGACUACAUGCAGUGUGAUUUAGCAAGUAUUAUCACACGGCCUGAUGCGAGGCUCACAGAACCACAGGUGAAAUGUUACAUGCAUCAACUACUUUCCGGCCUGCAACAUUGUCAUGAAAGAGGGAUUCUUCACAGAGACAUCAAGGGAUCCAAUUUACUAAUUGACAGAAAGGGGAUGCUACAAAUUGCAGAUUUUGGCCUAGCCAAUUACCACAACCCAGAGAAAAAGCGCCCACUCACUAAUCGUGUCGUGACGCUUUGGUAUAGAGCUCCAGAACUACUUCUAGGUUCAACAGAUUAUGGAGCAGCUAUUGAUCUCUGGAGUGCAGGAUGCCUUCUGGCUGAGAUGUUCAUAGGAAGGCCAAUUCUACCUGGUAGGACAGAGGUUGAGCAAAUUCACAAGAUAUUCAAGCUCUGUGGAACGCCUUCGGAAGAUUUCUGGAAGAAGGCAAAACUGGGAACAACUUUCAGGCCACCACAAUCCUAUAAGCCUAGACUUCGAGAAGCUUUUAGACAUUUUCCAGCCUCAUGUGUGGGUCUUCUAUCCACUCUUCUUGCCAUGGAUCCUACAAAUCGUGGUUCUGCAGCCUCAGCUCUUCAACAUGAGUUCUUCUAUACACAUCCCUUGCCUUGUGAUUUAUCCGGUCUACCAGUCAUCAGCAAAGCAGAAGAUGAAGCAGUUCCAAUUCCAAAAGCUGAAAGGAGAAAGCACAGAAGUUCCAAAAUGAGACAUCGUUCGCAGUCACAUAUCAUUCACAGGAACAUAGAUGUAGAUGCAGCAAAACUAGAACGAGAUCCAGGUGGCCCUGAGGAGGAACUGAAGACACCAAAGAGUGCAGAAACAAUGAUCCUAAGCCAAGGACCUGGAAGUAGUACAAGCACAUCUUCCAAUGGGAAGCAAGUCGUAAUAAGCACCUUAACUGAGGCAACAACAGAAAGAGAAAACAAGGACAGCCCACCAUUUAAAAUGGGAUCACCUGAUUUGGUUAACAGACAGAAUUCUUCAAGAACAGAAUCCCACCCUAAGGCCAACAAAAACAUCAAGAAUCGGCCUCCAUUACCCGAGGAUUCAAAAAGGUCAAGCUCUCGCCCCGGCAGACCUCACAACAGUAAUACCAAUGAUAAAAUUAACAAGCUGAAUGAUCAAGUCAAAAGGUCUGUUUCUAGCAGGGAGUAUCGGCAUGUGGAACGAAACAAGCUCCUGGAACUACAUACUGUUGACUGA